UUGACAGCAGUGCAUUUAUUUUCGCAGAGUUUAUUUUGUUUUGGUUUCAAAUUGGUAAAUUUGUAAAAAUACACGUUUGUUAUUUUGUGAAAUUGCCAGUGUUUUUCAACAACAAAUUUAACAUUUUCUCUAAAAAAAAAAACGGUAAGCAAAAAACCAUCAGCAAGCUGUCAUUGUGAUAAUCUUUUGCUAAGCUUUGCACAAAUUUUAUAUAAGCAAAAUAAUAUAACUUUUCGUUAUUCCUGUGAAUUUGUCUUAAACUACACAUUGACACAAAAGAUCUCUCCCAAGGUAAGUGUGAUUAAUUAUACUCAACCAGCCAGCCAUAGUAUUCAAAAAGAUGAUAUUAAACUGAGUUCACACAAAAGUGUGAUCUAUAACAUCUGUAUACAAAACCAUAAUAAACUUCAAUCUAACCAACCAACAAAAAAGAGGGUUACCUCUUGACAUAAAAGCUUUUAACUAUAAGUUGAUGCAAACUUUUGUUUGUAGUAUCCCACUCACAUUUUUUUAUGAUAUCGAAAAACUCAGAGAGAGAGUUUUGAGAGGAGAAAAUAAAACGCUUUUCUACACAAAAACUCCACCAAGUUGGCUCAUUGAGAUACACCACAUCCAUGAGAUUUAGUUGUAGCUUAUACCCCGUCCGUCAUGGUUAGAAACCAUAUCUUAACAACAAUUUUGUUUAUUUCUUUUUUUCUUUUUCUAUUGUUGAAUUGAAAACAAAAAAUACAAAACAACAAAAAAAAAAAUACUCCCCAUUUUCUCUCAAAACAAGUGAUUUUCGGUGGAAAAAAAAGAAAGAUAUAAAAAACAUGCCAUAACAACCAUCCAUCCAUUGUGUAUAUCGUAUACGUUUUUUUUGUUUAAUCGUCGGUCGUGUAUCGUCGUUAUUGUUGUUGUUGUUACAUGUCAUUUUACCGUCACCGUCAUCGUUGUCGCCCUUGUCUACAUCGUGAAUUCAUCGAAAAAAAACAACCCUUUUUUUUCCAAACAAUACAAGUUGUGCUUUUGUCAAUUAAACUACAUGUAUUCAAUGUAGCUGUUGUCAUUUAUUGUUAAAAAUAAAACCACACAAAUCCUUAACUCAAUACGGGGCUGUCUAUUCAAUGAAUUAAAAUAAAAGAAAAAUUUAAACAAAAAAAAAAAGGACAAAAGUAAUCUCUUUAUUUUUGUACUUUCCUUUCACUCUGUGUGUGUGUGUGUUUGUGUGUGUCUAUUGCUGUUGUUCUAUUCUACUUUUCUAUCAUCAACAAUUAUUGUUACAUAAACACCAAGGAAAAAAUAAAAAAAAACGAGAGAUACUCAACACACCCUGAAAAAAUAUAGAAUAAACUCAGUAGCAGCUACAAAAAGGAGCAAAAUUUUUUAUGCGACAAAAAAAAAAUAUGUUAAAAGCUGAAAAGGAUACUCUUGUGUGUCACAACAAAUAAAAUAAUUGUUGAAGUGUUUUUCUUUUUUUAAGUAAUUGCUAGCGUUUGACCUUUCAAAAAAAAAAAAAAAAAAAAAAUUGUCUAAACGGUUAAAUCAGGUUGAAAGGCAAUUAGUCAAGAAUUUAAUAUUGCCGAUGUUUUGUUAAAAAGGAAUUGUUGAAAAAUUCUGCAUGAUAGUGAAAAAAUAUAAAAUAAAGAAAACUUAAUCUUGCUGAGUUUAUCAUAAAAUGAAGAAAAAAUAGUGAUAUUUUAAACAAAAAUGUAAAUAUUCAUUUUCCUAGUGAAAAUCCAAGAAUUUAAAACUCCAUAAAUGGACGAAUGAGUGAAAAAUAGAAACGAUAUUUUUAAAAAUUUAUAAAAUACCGUUUUAACUAAUAUUUUCGGUUAAAUAGAAGAAUUUCAUGUGGUUUUGACUUAAAAAAUUAGAAUAUCGUAAAUACGAUAUUUACGAUAUUUGAAUAAAAAGUCGUAUUUUGAAUAAACAUUAAAUAAUAAACAUGAAAAACGUAGUGUCACACAAUUUGAUCACACUUUGAAGAAGAUACUCAUACGAUAUAAGAGUGAGAGUUAAAAUAACUUAAAAAAAUAAUAUAAAAUGAUAAAUUCAGUUAAAUUUCCCUUGAAUCAUAUUUCUCUAAGAAAAAAUAAACAUAAAAACGCCUAAUCUAUACGGUAUACCAUAUAAAUACUUAAAGAAUCUGUAUGUGGAAUGUCGUUUAAUAUAAAUUCAUCUUCUUUCUACCCACUGCUGCUGUAUUAUUGUGUUAUUGAAAUAAUCGCUAUAACAUGCUCCCAGAGCAUACAAACGCAGCAUCGAAUCGAAUCGAAACGAACGGUAGCAGCAACGGUCAUAAUUUAAAUAAAUUAACAACAAUCGAAAUAACACCAACACCAAUUGCUGCUGAUAGAAAUAUUAAUUCUAAAGCACAUAUAGUGCAUUUUGCACUUACACAUUCCAACGCAAAUUAUAAAGGAGACAUCAACGAUGAUGAUGAUGAAAAUGGCGAAAAUAAUCCCGAUAACGAUGAAAAUGAAAACAAAAAAACUUCAUCCAUUUUUAAAUGCAAUCUCUCAAAGUGUGUGUCCUUUCAGGAUAAUGUCACUGAGUUGCAACAUCGUAAAGGACGUCGAUUGAACGGCUUACAAUUUCCCUUACACCCGUUGCAAGUUUUUGGCUGGUUUGUUUUAAUUAUUUUUGGCAUUGCUUCAUUUUGGGUAUUGAUUCCUUCGUUUGCUAGUGAGUUGCAAGGUCCCUUAUACGGUCUUGUAUCGGGCUUAUAUAUUGUGCAUAUAGUUUCGCAUUUAGCUGCUUUGUUAAUUGAUCCGGCAGAUCGUGAAUUACGUCGUUUACAUCGUAACGAUCGUAUUGUACCGGAAUUUGAUCGCGCUAAACAUUCGCAUGUCAUCGAGAACGGUAGAUGUCACUUGUGUAAUAUACGAACUACCAGUCAACGAACAAAACACUGUUCUGUGUGCAAUAAGUGUGUGGGGAAAUUUGAUCAUCAUUGUAAGUGGUUGAAUCAUUGCAUUGGCUCGAGAAAUUAUGUAGCGUUCCUGAUGUGUGUCGUGUCGGCGGUAGUUGCGACUUUGGUCAUUGUGGCCGCUGCAUUGGCUCAGAUUGUUUUGUACCAUUUGAAUCCACAAUGGCUAAGUUUUUGGUAUAUGGAUGCCGAAGUGGCUGUAACGAGAGCUGUGGUGCAGCAAAGUUCGUUUAAUGAGACUUCGCUGGAUGAUGUAACGCUAAUGCCCGAAAAUGUAACGCUCUGGAAUGACACCAUGCAGAUAUUCAAUCAGAGUCUAGAAAAUUCAACGGACUUUAAUAACAAUGAUACAACAACUCCAACGAGCUUGGCCAAAGAUGCCGUUGAAGCUGCAGCUGUCAACGGUAUCGGAUUCAGCGAUACGAUAUUCCUCGUAUUUAUCGGAUUCCUUGGUGUUUUGGCGGCCAUUACAGCUGGUUUGCUUCUACAUCUCUGCUUUUUCCACAUUUACAUCUCCUUCCUCGGACUAACCACCUACGAGUACAUUCGCAAUCACCGCCAACAACAGCAGCAACAACAAGCCCUCUCCACUUUGCCAAAAAAUGUCACAUACAACAUGAACAACAGCAGCCCUGAUGGCAGUAGCCCCGAUUCGUCCAAAGACUCUUGCAGUCAAAUGUAUUUUUGUUCGAGUUUGCGCCACCCUAAUAGUUUUCCCGAUGAUUUUCGUCUCUUCCAAGCCAAACCCGAAGACCGUCCUACAACACUGCAUUGUUGCGAGAAUUCCCGCGAAUACCAUCAGACUGCCCUCAAGACUUACUACAUGUGCUCGCUGCUCGAAGCAGACGAGGCUACAACUGCAACUACUACAGCAGCAGCUGCACUUUCGGCCGCCGCCGGUGAUAUCGAAGCAGUGGAAAAGUGUAAAACCAAAUCGUUCCAUUGUUGUUCGAAAUUCGCCCAAAGGCGGCGAAAACUCAGUACAGCAGCGAGCAAGGCAACGCUGGUGGGGGAGAUUGAAGCCUCCGCAACAACUCGAUCUUUCUUGCACUUUAGCGAACAAUGCACUUUCUGCACAUUCCACAUAAAGACUCCCCUCAAGACUGAGAAUGUUAAGACCAUUUCGAAGCAUCAUCGUUGGCGGCGAAAAUGGAAUUGCUGUUCAAGUGUGCCUGACAGUCCUGAUGUGCCGAACGAUAUUAUUUCGACAAUUUCGAUGGGAAUUAGUAAUGGCUCAGAUGUUGAGCAACAACAUGGCAACGGAGUGAUGAUGGGGGGCAACAAGAAAAACCCAACUCAAAUCCCGGUGCAUUUCAUCAAGACAAAUGGUGCCAAUUUUAAACAGCCUCAGAGGCCUCGCAUGAAUCGACCCUGGCCAAUAGCCCGAUUUCGACACAUGAUGCGAAUGAUAAAUCGAUAUCGGAGACCUCGCUGCCGACACAACGAAUCCAUGGCAAAUGCUGCCGCCAACCAACAUCCGCCUCAACAUCCCGCCCCCACAUGCAAUGUUAAGCAAAAUCAAAUCCGGCCAAUACCCUACCCUCCGAUGUAUGAGAAUUCGAGCAGCAGUUCACCGUCAAGUGAUCAUAGCAGUGUUCAGUCGAUAGAAACUAUAUUGCCAACUUCGGUUAUCCGAGACGAAGACAACAGCUAUACCUAUAAUACAGCUCCUCAUGGACUGACAAUGCCUUCAGCACCACCUCCUGCGCGACGAAAGAUGCCAAAUCCCACAGAUUUAGACGAACUGGCAGAUACACUAAGCUUUUCACAUAUUCCUACAAAUUCAUCAUCAUCAUCCCAUCAGAGGUUAACAACAUUGAAUUCGGUUUAUCGGCGACAACGAAGGAAACAUUUUUUGCGACAACGUUCGCCAACUUUAUCGCCGAUACAUGAAUCGGGUUUGUCAAAUCCAACAUCACCACAACCGUGUCGUCAUGGGAUGAGUGCAUCAUGUUCACCAGCUACAGUGUCAAAGAGUUUAUGCGGUUCUGAAUUGAAAGCAUCUAAUGGAUCAUUGAAUACUGAUAGUGAUAGCAGUAGUGCUACUUAGAAAGAAAGAGUGAGUUCUAUAUAAAUGCAAUUGCGUAGGUCUUAUACAAGCUGUUGUUUAUUGUAUAGUCUUGAACAAUAAAUGCAUCCAAUAGGGGAUUAGGUAGAGGUACUCGAAGUAGUUGUGUUUUUUGCUUUGUUGGUUUGAUGGUUUUAUUUAGUCAUGAAGUUGAGAGUCAAUAAAAUAAAGAUGAAGAAGAGUUAGUGAUUACAUUAUAUUGUCCGUCCUUUUUAUAACUCAAGCUUCAAAAGCUUAUAAACCUUCUUAAAUUAGACUUAAAAUUGCUUUAUUAAAAUGUUUGCUUAGUGUUGUAACCUUAAAAAUACUAAUAAUCGUUUUUUUUUUGUCUCUCAAAAUAGUUUCCACACUUGUUUUAUAAAUUUUUCGGUCGAAAUCUUUUGUUCUAGAUAUUUUUUGGCAAAUAUCGUAAAUACGAUAUUUACGAUAUUAAACGAAUAAUAUUGAAUUUUCGUCACAUAUUACAUUUUAAACCCAAAAAUCUCCUGUAUACAUAUAUAAAUUUCAUUUUCAAAGAGUUUCUCUUACGAUAUUGGCGAAACAAUCAGUAUUGACGAAGUGUUUUAAUGUUAUG